UGAUUAUCCUAGGUAAAUAAAAUCUAACCAUCUUCUUUGUUCUUUCCGAAACUUUCAAUAACACUGCAUUGAAACGGUUGAAACAUUGAAAUUUGGGAACGCUAAAUGCGUAUAACAGUAUUUCGUGCAGUGUAAUUUAGGCCGCAGCGUUUGUGUGUGCAUUUCAGUCUCCGGGAAAGUAUAGAGUUUUCGUGAGUUUUCUACGCUUUACCUCAUCAUAAUGACUACUGAUGUGGCCAGAGAUAUCCCCCAGGCUGGGUUUGCUUUUGAUAAUUGCCAGAGGAACAAUUUCCUCUUGCAGAAGGGCUACGUCGCCCCCAAGACCGUGAAGACGGGAACUACAAUUGUUGGGAUCAUCUACAAGGAUGGCGUGAUCUUGGGCGCGGACACCAGAGCCACUGAGGGGCCGAUAGUGUCUGAUAAGAAUUGUGAGAAGAUCCACUAUCUGGCCAAGAACAUCUACUGCUGCGGUGCCGGAACGGCUGCAGACACCGAGAUGACAACCAAGACCAUUGCUUCUCAGCUGGAGCUUCAUCGUCUCGAGACUGGAAGAGUUGUGCCCAUUGCAGCGGCGAGUUCCAUGCUGAAGCAGAUGUUAUUCCGCUACCAGGGCUACAUUAGCGCUGCUCUGGUCUUGGGAGGAGUGGACAACGCUGGUCCUCACAUUUAUUGCAUCCAUCCUCAUGGAUCCACUGAUAAGCUGCCCUAUGCUACUAUGGGCUCAGGCAGUUUGGCUGCAAUGUCUGUGUUCGAGUCCCGCUGGCGUCCGGAUAUGGCAGAAGAGGAGGGCAAGAAGCUCGUGAGGGACGCAAUCGCUGCUGGUGUGUUCAACGAUCUGGGCUCUGGCUCUAACGUUGAUCUGUGCAUCAUCCGAAAGGGAUCCACUCAGUAUCUGCGCACGUACGAGGAGGCGAACGAGAAGGGUCAGAGGAGCUUCUCCUACAAGGCUCCUCCGGGCACCACGAAGGUGAUCAAGGAGGGACUUCGCCGAUUGGACAUUACUGAAUCUGUGAGAGUGACAGCGGGUUCCUCCUCCGAGGGUGUCACUCCCAUGGACACUGCAUAGAAGGGCUGGGCUUUUUCAUGGUUUUUUCAAUAAAUACUAAAUUUCCUCUAA